UCUUUACAGUACCGUAAUCAACUAUCAUUGCAACAAGAUGCCAGACUUCAUUUACAACGGGAGGCAUUGCAAAAACGCCAAGCAGAACUCCAGUCAGUAGACCAACGUAUAUUAGAAUUACAAGGUAGGCUUCAUAAGAAGCGCAUAUCGAAUAUAACUCACCAUCAGUCAUUAUCCUCUCAAGCAUCACUCUUGGAUAAUAUGUGUUCAAAUCAUGUAAGAUCAAUAUCUUCAAAUUUUUAUCCUCAUCUACGAUUGCCAAGGAAUAAUAUAGUUGCCGUUGAGCCAUUUUCUCACAUACCACAAAAAACCAUCGCUGUGGCGAAUAAUGGAAACAAAACUAGUGUGUUGAACAAUCUUAUUCAAACAGAAAUGCGCACUGUAUCUGCCGAUAUAUCAACUGAUACCAACUUAGCAGCAGAAAGUGACGAAAUUAAACUAGCUGCCAAACAGAAAAGAAAGGAACUUAUGCUAAAAACAAACAUAAUACAGGAUUACGACGAAUCGUAUAACUAUUCGAAAGCACCUGCCAUACGUACUUUUCCCAUUCAAAGCUGUAAUGAUAUAAUUAUAAUCGAUCGUGAGAUAUCCCGAGAUGAAGACGCUGAAUACAAUGUAUACUUUUGUAAUCGCAAUGAUGACACGGACGACGGCAAUUCAAGCGCACUCAACAAAAAUGUUUCAGAAACAUCAUCAAAUGCUAAUACAAAUGUAUGCGACAACGAUAAAGAUAUUAUCCAUCUAUCUACUACUGUUUACAGCAAAUCGUCAUCAAUUUCGAACGAGCCUGUUCGAAUCACAGUCGAUGAUAAAAUUUGUCCUGCUGAAGAACAAAUUACACGCACCAACCCAAUAAUGAUAAAUCAAAGUUGGGAUUCUUCACACACUAUACUUCACAGAAUUCCGUCUGGAAAUUUAGUAGUGCCACCACGGAAGCCAAACAACAAUAUUAUCAACAUGAAGCCUAACAGUACUUCAGUUGUCAAAAUUAACAUGGUUAUGCCUCAAUCGCAGCAACCACUCGCGAGUUGCUCAAAAGUUUCAGAAAAGCUUAAACCUGCCUUGCCACCCAAACCGAUCAAAAGAAACAAUCCUAUCUCUUCAAAUAACACAGAAUCUGGUUACAACGAAAAUAGCAUAUGUGAAUUGAACGACAUAUUGAAUAAACCUACUAUUGCUUUAGAUAAUCAGCCAAUAAAGGCUAAGCCCUUAACUAUAAAGAAAUCUCCAAGUUGUGAGCAACCAAAACUAAAACAUUCAAAUUACAAAAUGCUCAAUGUAGCUAAUAAUCGUGCUGUCGACACACCAUCAUCAGAUGAUACAAAACAACCGCUGCCUACUGAUAUUGAAAAAUAUGAUGAUGUUUUUCUACAUAACGACGACCAUACUAACAAAUUCAAUGAUAUCGAACGAUCAUGCAAUAAAAACAUUAGCGAACAUCAUCACAGUGAUGAGUAUUCGGAAAGCUUUCAAGACAAACCCAUUGAAGAGGUGUCUCUGCGUAAACGUGGAUUUUCAUCUAUGGUCAUUACUAAUAGCCAAACAAAAUUAGCUCGGCGCGUGAGUUUUGACCCUUUGGCGCUACUGUUAGAUGCUAGCUUGGAGGGUGAGCUAGAACUAGUACAGAGAACUACUUUACAGGUACCAAAUCCAAGUGCAGCCAAUGAUGAAGGAAUUACAGCACUACACAACGCUAUUUGUGCAGGACACUUCGAAAUUGUGAAGUUCUUGGUAUGCUUUGGGUGUGAUGUCAAUGCUCAAGAUUCAGAUGGGUGGACGCCACUGCAUUGUGCAGCUAGUUGUAAUAACCUAGCGAUGGUUAAAUAUUUGGUUGAGUCUGGAGCCUGUUUAUUUGCCGCUACGUUAUCCGACCAUGAAACACCAGCAGAAAAGUGUGAGGAAGACGAGGAAGGUUUUGAUGGUUGCUCUGAAUAUUUAUAUAGCGUUCAAGAAAAGUUGGGAAUUUUGAAUGAUGGUGAUGUCUUCGCCGUAUUUGCUUAUGAUGCGCAACAAUCGGAUGAGUUAAGUUUUUCUGUAAAUGAUAAACUUACAGUUAUUCGUAAAGGAGACGACUCUGAAAGAGAGUGGUGGUGGGCCAAGGAAUCCAAUGGCGCAGAAGGUUACAUUCCCAGAAACUUGCUAGGGCUUCAUCCUCGGGUUUCGCCAACUUACGGAAAUGACGUAACAAGUAUAUUAACAAGCGAGUUUCAAUAAGGCAUGUGAAAUUUAUAUUCAGCACAUCUUUUGGAGGUUUAUAUCUAAAAAUAAUAGACAUGUUCUUUAUAGUAAAAUAAAAUCUUAUCAUAUGUUUCA